GCCCAGCAGCGGUCGCUCGGGCCCCGGCUCUCGGUUAUAAGAUGGCGGCGCUGAGCGGCGACGGCGGCGCGGAGCAGGGCCAGGCUCUGUUCAACGGGGACAUGGAGCCCGAGGCCGGCGCGGGCGCCGCGGCCUCUUCUGCAGCGGACCCCGCCAUCCCCGAGGAGGUGUGGAAUAUCAAACAAAUGAUUAAAUUGACACAGGAACAUAUAGAGGCACUAUUGGACAAAUUUGGCGGAGAGCAUAAUCCACCAUCAAUAUAUCUGGAGGCCUAUGAAGAAUACACCAGCAAGCUAGAUGCCCUCCAGCAAAGAGAACAACAGUUACUGGAAUCCCUGGGGAAUGGAACUGAUUUUUCUGUUUCUAGCUCUGCAUCAACAGACACCGUUACAUCUUCUUCCUCCUCUAGCCUUUCCGUGCUACCUUCAUCUCUUUCAGUUUUUCAAAACCCCACAGAUGUGUCACGGAGCAACCCUAAGUCACCACAAAAACCUAUUGUUAGAGUCUUCCUGCCCAACAAACAGAGGACAGUGGUACCUGCAAGGUGUGGAGUUACAGUCCGGGACAGUCUAAAGAAAGCACUGAUGAUGAGAGGUCUGAUCCCAGAGUGCUGUGCUGUUUACAGAAUUCAGGAUGGAGAGAAGAAGCCAAUUGGCUGGGACACUGACAUUUCCUGGCUUACUGGAGAGGAAUUGCAUGUAGAAGUAUUGGAGAAUGUUCCACUUACAACACACAACUUUGUACGGAAAACAUUUUUCACCUUAGCAUUUUGUGACUUUUGCCGAAAGCUGCUUUUCCAGGGUUUCCGCUGUCAAACAUGUGGUUAUAAAUUUCACCAGCGUUGUAGUACAGAGGUUCCACUGAUGUGUGUUAAUUAUGACCAACUUGAUUUGCUGUUUGUCUCCAAGUUUUUUGAACACCACCCAAUACCACAGGAGGAGGCCUCCUUAGCAGAAACUGCCCUCGCAUCUGGAUCAUCCCCUUCCGUACCCCCCUCCGAUUCUAUUGGGCCCCAAAUCCUCACCACUCCGUCUCCUUCAAAAUCCAUUCCAAUUCCACAGCCUUUCCGACCAGCAGAUGAAGAUCACCGAAAUCAGUUUGGACAACGAGACCGGUCUUCAUCAGCUCCAAAUGUGCAUAUAAACACAAUAGAACCUGUCAAUAUUGAUGACUUGAUUAGAGACCAAGGGUUUCGUAGUGAUGGAGGAUCAACUACAGGUUUAUCUGCCACCCCCCCUGCCUCAUUACCUGGCUCACUCACUAAUGUGAAAGCGUUACAGAAAUCUCCAGGACCUCAGAGGGAAAGAAAAUCAUCCUCGUCCUCAGAAGACAGGAAUAGAAUGAAAACACUUGGUAGGCGGGAUUCAAGUGAUGAUUGGGAGAUUCCUGAUGGGCAGAUCACAGUGGGACAAAGAAUUGGAUCCGGGUCAUUUGGGACAGUCUACAAGGGAAAGUGGCAUGGUGAUGUGGCAGUGAAAAUGUUGAAUGUGACAGCACCCACACCUCAACAGUUACAGGCCUUCAAAAAUGAAGUAGGAGUACUCAGGAAAACUCGACAUGUGAAUAUUCUACUCUUCAUGGGCUAUUCAACAAAGCCACAACUGGCUAUUGUCACCCAGUGGUGUGAGGGCUCCAGCUUAUAUCACCAUCUCCACAUCAUUGAGACCAAAUUUGAGAUGAUCAAACUUAUAGAUAUUGCACGACAGACUGCACAGGGCAUGGAUUACUUACACGCCAAGUCAAUCAUCCACAGAGACCUCAAGAGUAAUAAUAUUUUUCUUCAUGAAGACCUCACAGUAAAAAUAGGUGACUUUGGUCUAGCCACAGUGAAAUCUCGAUGGAGUGGGUCCCAUCAGUUUGAGCAGUUGUCUGGAUCCAUUUUGUGGAUGGCUCCAGAAGUAAUCAGAAUGCAAGAUAAAAACCCAUAUAGCUUUCAGUCAGAUGUAUAUGCAUUUGGGAUUGUUCUGUAUGAAUUGAUGACUGGACAGUUACCUUAUUCAAACAUCAACAACAGGGACCAGAUAAUUUUUAUGGUGGGACGAGGAUAUCUAUCUCCAGAUCUCAGUAAGGUACGAAGUAACUGUCCGAAAGCCAUGAAGAGAUUAAUGGCGGAGUGCCUAAAAAAGAAGAGAGAUGAAAGACCACUCUUUCCCCAAAUCCUCGCCUCUAUUGAGCUGCUGGCCCGCUCAUUGCCAAAAAUUCACCGCAGUGCAUCAGAACCCUCCUUGAAUCGGGCUGGCUUCCAGACAGAGGAUUUCAGUCUCUAUGCUUGUGCUUCUCCGAAAACGCCCAUCCAGGCAGGGGGAUACGGUUGCUAUCUCAUUUGAAAAGAAGGAACAGACUUGAUCUCAAAUGCAUAUGUGCCCAGAAGCCAGGCUCAGGGUAUUCUUGAGAGAUUUUUUUAGAGCCCUUAAAAAAUAAAAACAAGAUUUAAAAAUUUCCCUUUCCUUCCUUUUAUCAAUCAGAUUGUUUUUGCUCUCGUUUACAACUGAUAGGAAAAAGGGUUUACCUCUGAGUUUCACUUGCUUUAUUUUUUGAUGCUUAACUACAGAUAGACUUGCUGAGCUCCUAAGAAAUACAAGGAAGAACUCCUUGAUGUGCUAAGCACUUUAUGGUAAUUUGUAUAAAUAGUAUGUGGCUGCUUCACUGAUUAUCUUGUAAGGUUGUAGUUACCUGUCUUUUCCAUUAAGUGGCUGCAGUGCCUUCUGUGGUGUAUUUUACUUUGGGUGAGGAGAGGUGAAGCCUUCUGAAAAAUUUGAGAGCAACCAUAAAUGAUUGUUUUAAAAGAUGUAGGAUUCCUGGUGGACUUUUUUUUUUUUUUAACUGUUAAACUACAGUCUAGGGUCUAGACUUUUGCCACUGAAAUAAUAUUGACCAAAAAGUAGUUUAUAAAAGGGAUUUGUGAGUAGAAAAAUCCAGUGUGAUUAUUUGUACUGUGCACCUUAGAAGGUUUUGUCUAGCUGUCAAAUUCUGGCUCCUGAACGUGCAGUCCCUGAUUGUGUGUGAGGUCCGCUAGGACAAACGGGGGUGUCCUAGAAGAUGAAAUCACAUAUGUAAAGUUACGUGUUAGACUCAUGUUGGUGUUGGAGAAGAAAGGGCACUAUGUAGUUACAAAGAAAUAAGUCAGGACUUCAACGCUGUCAGCCUGAAACUGUAAAUAGUUUCUAGGUUCUCGUGGGGUGCAGUCACAGUGCUCUAUCACAUCGUGUUACCUUCUGUUCGCCAGGCAGCCUUGCAACGGCUGCACGUCCCUCCGCAGCCCUCACCGCCCCUCCUGUACGCUCACCCUCCGCCUCAUCCAGCUUUAGUCCGAAGCAUACUGCAGAGUUCAGGUGACCUCUUCAAAAACUACCUCCUCAGAAUGAGGUAAUGAAUAGUUAUUUAUUUUAAAAUAUGAAAAGUCAGGAGCUCUAGAACAUGAAGAUGAUUUAGGAUUUUAACUUUUAUGUGUGCUUGUAUGUGAGUGCUCUCAUUUCGUCCAUAAGGGCAUUAUACAUUUAAGCAGUAAUACUGAAAAAAUGUAGCUCAGUCAGAGUGUCUGAAUGUCGUUGCAAGUGGUGCCAGAAUCUGUUUAGGGGUACGUUUCAGAAUCUCAACCAUAAGUAGUUACAUGCAAUGAAAUAGUUACAGUAUCACUUCACUAACAGUGAUAUAAUUUUAAUUUUCAGUGGGCUUGGCAAGACAAUACACCUUCAUAAUGAGUUACCCACAGCUUUGUCACACGCACAGAUACUCCAACAGACUGCCCGGCUCAGAGGGCAGAGAAUUACUACCCAUUUCACAAGAUUCUCUUCUCUGUCCAAGUUGGCAUUGUUAGUGCUAGAAGAGCAGCACCUCCAGACUAGCUGAUUCCAGCCAUUAGGCUAUAUUUUCAAAACACAUAGCCAGACACAGAAGGUUUACUGUGAGUAUGAACAAGAAAUAGCGUAUAGAUCACACAUUGGAAUGGUGAAGGUGAGGCUCUAGAAAAAUACCUUGACAAUUUGCCAAAUGAUCUUACUGUGCCUUCAUGAUGCAAUAAAAAAGCUAAAAUAUUAGCAGAAAUCAGUGACUUGUGAAGAGAGCAGCCACUCUGGUCUAACUCAGCUGUGUUAAUAUUUUUUAGAGUGCAAUUUAGACUGCAAAGAUAAAUGCACUAAAGAGUUUAUAGCCAAAAUCACAUUUAAGAAAAUGAAAAAAAAAAAAAAACAGGUAAAUUUUCAGUGAACAAAAUUAUUUUUUUAAAGCACAUAAUCCCUAGUAUAGUCAGAUAUAUUUAUCACAGAGCAAAUAGGUUGAAAUUAUAGUUCAGUGACAUUUCUAGAGAAACUUUUUCUACUCCCAUAGGUUCUUCAAAGCAUGGAACUUUUAUAUAACAAAUAUUUGACAGACAUUUUAAGAAAUUGCUGUAGUGUAAGGUUGAAGUACUGUAUGCUGGGCAGCAGUUGUGUGUUAACUUAGUGAGAAGGGGGAAGGAAAUUAAAAUAUGGGACAGAAUUUGAUUUUACCAGUGUCCAGAAUACUGCUGCCAACCUAGACACUGAUUUUUCAGAGUUUGAAAUAUAAACUUGCCUCCCAGGACUGGCUGGCGAAUUGAACAGGACGGUGCUGCUAAUGCUGUGUGGGGUGCUGUAUGAGAGGGCAUUGGCACAGUUAAUGAAUGACCUGGCCGUGGGUGUGAACUGGACACAUUCCAUGGUGUGCUUCUUGUAACUUGUUUCAUUCCUCACCACCCAAGAAAGGCAAUAUACUGUCUCCAGCAAGUUCUCGAGAUGUUUGACUAAGGCGUGUUACUGAUGCCCAUAGGUCGUUGAGCACCCGAGGAGUACUGUAGCCCCUCUGCCUGACUCGCAUAUUGGCCCGUGUAGAAUGAAGUGGCCAGUGUAUUCAUGUUCCGUGUUGCCGGCUCUGAUAAAAUUGAAAAUGCUGGUAAGAUUUUUGUUGUAUCAGUAAGCUUUGUUUUGUUGUUUUCAGAUGAUUUAUUUUGUACUUCUGUUUGGGCCUUUACAUUGAAAUUCAGCCCUAAAUUUUGUCAUUUGUAGAAAGGAUAAUUAACAGUUUCUGUCAGGUAUUUUUAAGGUAGAAGAGGACAAAAACUUAAGUCCUAAAAUCUUAAAUUAACUUAACAGUGCUUUAUUUUGAAAUGCACAGGGACAGUUAGUCUCCACCUCAGAAAAGUGUUUUAGUAGAUCUUUUAUUUCAGCAUCACAACUUCAACUGUUAAUUCAGGCCUAUUAAUUACUAAAUCAGUUUCAUUAAAAUGUUUAAUUUUAUUUAGGUGUUUUGGCUAAUUAAUUACAAUGGUAUAACCAUCUGUGCACAAGGACACAGCCAACGUUUUUUUUGUGAUGCAUUUUUUAAAAGAAUUCUAUAUCUUGAAAUACUCUUUAAAAAUAAAAAACUGAAAUAUGUUUAUUCAUGAUAGUAUCAGAAAAAGGAGAAAGGAUUUGUGCAAACCAUCCACGUCUCCUGACAGGCUGAGCAGGUUCUCCAGCACCCGUGAGAGGCUCAUUCUGAUUGCGAUGUCUCCAUAGGAAAUGAGUUUCACUCAGGAGACGCAGCAGAGAAGGGGUCCUCGUUACAGGGGUGCAGUGGGGUCAAGAGUAAGUUGCUUAGUACCAGUUUUCUUUGGAAAAGUAUUGUGUUGUGUUUGUGUGUUAAGCUUUUUAACCCAUGUGUGUUUUGGUGGAGUAGGAGUUACAUAGGAGGAAACUUCAGACUAGUUUAAGCAACAAAGCUCACAGACUAGGCACAAAUGUAGACAAAAAUGGACCAAAUAGGAUGGGGGAGGGCGUGGGAAUAAGUCUGAGGGUAGGGAAAAAUUGAUGUGAGGGUGGGACACAAACCAUAAUUAUCUGAAAUAAAAUGUAAGAGUGCAAUAAGUGUGCUUUUUAUUCUAAGCUGUGAACGGUUUUUUAAGAAAAUCAUUCCUUCCUUACACAUUUGUGUGUGUUCCAGACAUAGCUGAUUAAAACCAGCUAUGAAAACAUAAUGCCUUUUUAUUCACAUUAAUUACCAACAUAAGUGGCUAAUCUCUGUGUCUUAUUUAUCUUCAUGUUACAUUGGUUUACAUACGGGGUGUGUGUGCACGCUGUGCCCUUUUCCCUCCGUUUGAACAUGUGCUCGUUCGGUCUUCUGUUUCCUUUGGCCACGCCACGCACUGCAGUCUCGGUUUGGCCUUCAUGAUGUCGCCUGAUGGGAAAGACUAUCGCAGUGAUAUAUUUCCGUUGGUUGUACACUCCGGCCCUUUCCUCACCCAGCAGUUCCCGCUUCUCCUAAAGCAGGAGCGUACAGCCGAUUGGGGGAUUGCGUUUGACCAUUUACGGACAUGUUCCGUUGAAUUCUCUACAGUAGUUGUGGUUGCUCUUUGGUUCAGACCAAGAAAAAAGACAUCACCCCCCUUUUCAUUUACAUCUUGGUUUGAGGAUGCAUCUUCUGUAAGGGAGAGGAAAGGGAAGCCCUUCACGUUUUCACCGAGGGGGAUCAGUGGCUCCAGGUUCACCGCUCCAAACCUCACGGCAGUUCCCGUGCACAUCCCUCUGUCUCGCUGCCAAAGGUUCGGGUGUCGCUCUCUCCAGCCCCACUUGAGCACUGAGAAGGCUCUCGGGGGGUCUGGGUGUGCCCAGUGAACGACGGGGGCUUUCUAACUGCCCACAGACCUCUCUGUACCUGCUUUGCAAAAAUUAUGGAGUAACUAUUUUUAAAACUUAUUUUUGAAUUCAUAAAAAAAAGACAUUUAUUUUCAGUCAAAUGGAUGAUGUCUCCCUCUUGACCCUUAAUCCUCAGUGUUUGCUUGAAUCUUUUUUUUUUUUCCCCCAAUUCUUCCCCAAACCGACUUCUUGAUACUUUGGUUCUCUUUCCUGCUCAGGUCCCUUCAUUUGUACUUUGGAAUUUUUCUCAUGUAAAUUUGUACAAUGGAAAAUAUUGUUCAGUUUGGAUAGAAAGCAUGAAGAAUUAAAUAAAAAAAGAUAGCUGAAACUCAGAUUGAAGAAAUUUAUUUCUGUGUAAAGUUAUUUAAAAACUCUGUAUUAUAUAAAAGGCAAAAAAAGUUCUAUGUACUUGAUGUGAAUAUGCGAAUACUGCUAUAAUAAAGAUUGACUGCAUGGA